AUGAACUUUGUUCAAUUUGCUACAACAUACAAAGUUGUUAACAAUGAACUGACAGCAUUGCCAGAGAAUAUUAUACGACGAAUAUUUCCAACAUAUUCUCCUAAUCCCAAAGGUCCAAAUUUGUAAAAGUCCUAUAUUGUAAAUACCAACUUUUGAGGUAUAAACCGUGGAGAACAACCCAAAAUAAUGCAUGGGGUGACCAAGAACCAACUGACGAGGUUCUGAUCAAUUGUUGGCAUGAAUUUUUACAAACACCUUAUGGGUAGUCUAAUGUCCCAGACUGGUUUGAUAAAUUACAAGCCGUAAUUCAAAGUCAAGAAGCAGAAGAUGAACCUUCUGAAGAACAGGAGACAACUCGAGAAGAGUGGAUGAUAUUAUCAGACCUCAACACUCCUUUUGACAACUCUGAACAAACACCAGAGUCCACAUAUGACUGGCAUCUUGACAGAGCCAAUUAUUCCGAACAACAAAUCCAAGAAAUGCCAACAUGGAUAAAAACAAACAAAGAGGAAUACACUAUUGAUGAGCAAUAUGAUGUUGUUGACAUCAACAGUUUUAGUGAAAUGCAAAAACUUGCUUAUAAUAUUGUUAAGUCUCAUUUUGAUGAUACAUCAUCCGAGAAAGAGCCAUUAUGUCUCAUUAUAAAUGGUUUUGCAGGAACUGGUAAAAGUUACCUUAUUAAUGCUAUUAGAAAUCUUUUGCAAAGUAAAUGUGCUGUUGCUGCUACCACAGGUAAAGCAGCUUUUAACAUUAGAGGUGUAACUGUGCAUUCUCUAUUAAAGUUACCUAUAGGAUCAAGAGGUAAUAAAGACCUGACAGGACAAAGCUUGUGUAGGUUACAAGAGAGUGUUAAUAACAUUGGAUACAUCAUUAUUGAUGAAUACUCCAUGCUUGACCAAGUUACUUUUGGUUGGAUAGACCGGCUAGACAAGCGUUGUAAACAAGCAACUGGUUCUAAUGACAAAGUAUUUGGAGGGAAAUCGUUCAUUUUAACUGGUGAUCCAGGUCAAUUGCCACCAGUAGCAGAUGUAUAA